AUGUGGCUCUAUCGAGGCGCGCAGUCCGCAGUCUUUUACUAUGCCAGUUGCACCCCCUGCGCUGAAAAUGUCGAUCGUCGGAAACGUAGAAAGGAUGCUGCCCGGGUCCAGCGAGAGAAGGAGAAGGAGCGACGCAACAACGAGAUCGUCACCGACCAACCCCGUCCAUUUGCACAACCAACCCCUUUCAGUACCAAUGUAGGGUGGCGGGAGGAAAUAUCCCUAGGCCCUGGCCCCCCAGCCCGUCGGGGUGGCCAUCGCAACGUUCAACGAACGGAUAGUUGGAAUACCAACCAGAGCUCGCAACUCAAGAAAGACAAGAGUGGUGGCCUGAUGCAACCACUCGGCGAGAAGUGGAAGUCGAUGCGGUACCAACGGGAAGAUGAGCCUCUUUGGGGACAACAAGAAGUUCGCGGAUCGUCGAUUGGGUUCUCUGGACGCGGUCGUGCAGACCCGAAUGAAUCCUCCAAGUACUACAUCCCCCGUGUGCCGCCUGUGAACGACCUCCACCCGCCCAUUGUUAGUGGACCUUGUAGCCGUGCCGAUACCAGAUGGAUGCUCCAGCCGCCACCAAGUGCCCGAGUGAUGGCUGGUAAAGCAGACGUCACUUCGCCGACGGCAGCACGCUCUGGACUUGGCAACGUAUCCUGGGCCCCCAAGAACGUGGUCAGGGAGGAGCCUGAAACAAUCACCGAGACCGGCGACGACGCUGUCGAUGACACCACACAGAACCAUCGACCUCGGCGACCAUCGUUGGCUCGACUUCGUAUCGAAUCCGAUGGGCCGGCUCCAGAAUUGCACUCUCGGACUGACUCCAUGUUCUCCACCACCACCUCCAACUCCGAUCUCUCACAGAGUCUAUCAUGGAAAUACCCCGACACCCCGGCAUCCCGCCCUCAAUCAAAAGCCACAGAUGACGUUGACAAAUUCUACCGCCCAAAUAUCUCAAAGACUCUCUCCACAGUGCAUCGGGACAACAAGAAGGUUCACAUGCUACACCUGGAGAUCAACGAUGACAACCACAAUGAGAUCGGCCUAGGUGAAUUCCAGCCCAUCCGCCCAUGGCGUUGGAGCAUGGACAUAUAA